UGUGGGGGGGAAAAAGGGAGGCCAGGGGGCACGGAGUCAGAGUGGCGCAGCAAGUGGCUGCAGGUGGCGGCGGGCGCGGAGUGAGGUAGCGCGGCGGACGCCGAGGAGAAGGCCGAGGGGGUGGGCAGGAAACCCGAACUGCAGCCUGUGCGGCUGGCCCGGGGGCCGCGGAGUCCCCACCCCGGGAGAUGGACCUCAACCGGAUCAUCCAGGCGCUGAAGGGCACCAUCGACCCCAAGCUGCGGAUCGCGGCCGAGAACGAGCUCAACCAGUCCUACAAGAUUAUCAAUUUUGCUCCCAGUUUACUGCGGAUCAUCGUCUCGGAUCAUGUGGAAUUCCCAGUACGCCAGGCCGCCGCCAUCUACCUGAAGAACAUGGUGACGCAGUACUGGCCGGACCGGGAGCCCCAUCCGGGAGAGGCAGUGUUUCCGUUCAACAUCCACGAGAACGACCGCCAGCAGAUCCGCGACCACAUCGUGGAAGGCAUCAUCCGCUCCCCGGACUUGGUGAGAGUCCAGCUGACGAUGUGCCUGCGCGUCAUCAUCAAACACGAUUUUCCGGGCCAGUGGCCGGCGGUGGUGGACAAGAUCAGCUGCUACCUGCAGUCGCAGGACACGAGCGGCUGGCUGGGCAGUCUGCUGUGUCUGUAUCAGCUGGUGAAGACGUACGAAUACAAGAAGGCGGAAGAAAGAGAACCUCUGAUAGCAGCCAUGCACAUAUUUCUGCCCCGCAUUCAGCAGCAAAUCGUGCAGCUCCUUCCCGACCCCUGCCACUACUCUGUGCUCCUGCAGAAGCAGAUUCUGAAAAUAUUCUACGCCCUCGUCCAGUACGUGCUGCCUCUGCAGCUGGUGAGUAACCAGACCAUGACCACGUGGAUGGAGAUCUUCCGCACGAUCGUCGACAGGACAGUCCCUCCCGAGACCCUGCAGAUCGACGAGGAUGACAGGCCCGAGCUCGUGUGGUGGAAGUGUAAGAAGUGGGCGCUGCACAUCGUGGCCCGUCUCUUUGAACGAUACGGAAGCCCAGGAAAUGUCACAAAAGAAUACUUUGAAUUUUCUGAAUUCUUUUUGAAAACCUAUGCAGUAGGAAUUCAGCAGGUACUACUAAAAAUUUUAGACCAGUACAGACAGAAAGAAUACGUGGCCCCCCGUGUUCUUCAGCAGGCAUUCAACUACCUGAACCAGGGAGUGGUCCACUCUGUGACCUGGAAGCAGAUGAAGCCGCACAUGCAGAACAUAUCGGAGGAUGUGAUCUUCCCAGUGAUGUGCUACAGAGACGAGGAUGAGGAGCUGUGGCAGGAAGAUCCGCACGAGUACAUCAGGAUGAAGUUUGAUAUUUUUGAAGAUUAUGCUUCUCCCACCACAGCAGCCCAGACUCUGCUGUAUACUGCUGCAAAGAAAAGGAAAGAGGUCUUGCCAAAAAUGAUGGCGUUCUGCUACCAAGUCCUCACAGACCCGAGUGUCGAUCCCAGGAAGAAGGACGGAGCCCUGCACGUGAUUGGCUCCCUGGCUGAGAUUUUACUGAAGAAGAGUUUAUUCAAGGACCAAAUUGAGUUGUUUCUGCAGAAUCAUGUGUUCCCAUUGUUACUGUCCCACCUGGGAUAUCUUCGAGCUAGAUCGUGCUGGGUACUCCAUGCAUUUAGUUCUCUGAAGUUUCACAAUGAGCUCAACCUGAGAAAUGCCGUUGAAUUAGCCAAGAAGAGCCUGAUCGAAGAUAAGGAGAUGCCUGUUAAAGUUGAAGCCGCUCUUGCUCUCCAGUCAUUAAUCUCUAAUCAGAUACAAGCUAAGGAAUUCAUGAAGCCACACGUGAGGCCCAUCAUGCAGGAGCUGUUGCACAUCGUCAGAGAAACUGAGAACGAUGACGUCACCAACGUGAUCCAGAAGAUGAUCUGCGAGUACAGUCCGGAGGUGGCCUCCAUUGCGGUCGAGAUGACUCAGCACCUGGCUGAGAUAUUUGGGAAAGUUCUUCAAAGUGAUGAAUAUGAAGAAGUAGAAGACAAGACAGUAAUGGCAAUGGGUAUCCUACAUACCAUUGAUACCAUCUUAACGGUUGUAGAAGAUCACAAAGAGAUUACACAGCAGUUAGAGAAUAUCUGUCUACGGAUCAUUGACCUGGUUUUACAGAAGCACGUGAUUGAGUUCUACGAAGAAAUCCUUUCGCUGGCGUACAGUCUGACCUGCCGCACUGUUUCCCCUCAGAUGUGGCAGCUCCUCGGAAUCCUGUACGAGAUCUUUCAGCAGGGCUGUUUUGAAUAUUUCACAGACAUGAUGCCUCUCCUACACAAUUACGUGACCAUCGACACAACUACUUUCCUGUCCAACCCAAAGCAUUUAGAAAUCCUCUUCACGAUGUGCAGGAAGGUGCUGUGUGGAGACGCGGGAGAAGACGCAGAGUGCCACGCGGCCAAACUGCUGGAAGUCAUCAUUCUGCAAUGCAAAGGAAGGGGAAUUGAUCAGUGCAUUCCGCUCUUUGUCCAGCUUGUUCUGGAGAGGUUAACUCGAGGGGUCAAGACCAGCGAGCUGCGUACCAUGUGUCUCCAGGUGGCAAUCGCUGCCUUGUACUACAGCCCUGACUUGCUGCUGCAUACUCUAGAGCGAGUGCAGCUGCCGCACAACCCGGGACCUAUCACUGUACAGUUUAUCAAUCAGUGGAUGAAUGACACGGAUUAUUUUAUUGGGCAUCAUGACCGGAAGAUGUGUAUCAUAGGUCUGAGUAUCCUUUUGGAAUUGCAAAACCGACCUCCUGCCGUGGAUGCUGUGGUGGGGCAGAUCAUUCCCUCGAUUCUUUUCCUGUUCCUUGGCCUGAAGCAGAUCUGUGCCACUAGACAGCUGGUAAACCGGGAAGAUCGUUCAAAAACUGAGCAAGCCGACAUGGAUGAAAAUGAGGAGAUUUCAAGCGACGAAGAGGAGACGAACGUGGCCUCUCAGGCCGUGCAGUCGAGCAGCGGGCGAGGAGAAGACGAGGAGGAGGACGACGACGACUGGGCCGACGAGGUGCUGGAGGAGACCGCCCUCGAGGGCUUCAGCACGCCUCUGGACCUGGACAACAGUGUGGAUGAAUACCAGUUCUUCACCCAGGCUCUGCUCACUGUGCAGAGUCGGGACGCUGCGUGGUACCAGCUGCUGACGGCGCCGCUCAGCGAGGACCAGAGGCGAGCGCUGCAGGAGGUGUACACGCUGGCGGAGCACCGGCGGACGGUGGCAGAGGCGAAGAAGAAGAUUGAACAGCAGGGAGGCUUCACGUUCGAAAGCAAAGGAGUCCUCUCCGCGUUCAACUUCAGCGCCGUGCCCAGCAGCCACUGAAGGAGCAGGCGCGCCGGGUGUGAGUGCUGAGGGCAGGAGCGCGGGCUCCCUGGAGGGCCCCUCCUGCCGGACCAGCCGGCUGCUGGCUCUGGGCAGCAGCACUUGGCCCCGCUCGGACCUCUCUCCCCCUGAGGUCUGCCUCCUGAGCGGCUACUGUCAUGUGUGAGGUCCGGCACGGCGGCUGGGUUGAACAGGACGGACCGUGAGCCCGCAAGGCUGCGCGCCCGGGCGUCGGCUCGCCCGUCUCAGGUUCUGCCCGUGCAGGCUCAGUGGUUUUACGCGGAUAACAGUGCCUUCUGUUGUACAUGAAUUACCACACACAAAUUUUUUUUGGUGUGCAUUGCCAUUUUUUUUUAAAAACAUCUUUCUAGAUACAAUGCAAACUUUGGUCAAAUGUCAACUUGUUCUGCGUUGGACUCUGAAUUUAGGCAUCAGCUGCAAGUCACUCUGGUUUCUAAGACAUCACUGCUCCCUGAGCUCGGCCUGCUGGGGGCUCGCUUCAGGGGUGCAACACAGGCACUGGCUCUGGGGUUUCAGAUGUGUUGUGGCUUUUUAACAAGUGUCUUAUUCCCUCCCCCAGUCACGUUUUCUGCCUUGAAGAUUGCUUUGGGGUCAGUAUUAUGCAUAUCAGUUCCACCCACAACCUGGUAAGUGCAGGACUCGGCAGCCCGUGAGUCCCUGGGGUUCACUGUGCCUCCAGGUGGAUUCUGAGUCAUGGACUUCAUUAUGCAAUGGGUCGCUGAUCUUCGCUAAAGCACACUGAACUCUGGGAGACGUGUGCUACCUGAGAAGCACCUGUCUCUGGGUGGCAGCUUGUGUCUUUAACUCACCAUUCCAGCUGUGGCGGACCAGGGUCCAAAGCAUUUUAUAAUGAUUUUAUCUAGCAAAAAACCCAAGCAAAUCUGACUUGGGAUGUUCGCACCCGGGAGUGUUUCCUCCCACCUAGUGGGUUUCAGUGUUGACUGUAGUGCAGUUCUCGGGGGGGCGUGCCAGUCCGCUGCACUCUGAGACGGCACUGCUGUGGGACAGCCUGGGGGAGGUGCUGCAGCUGCUUCAGGCCCAGACCUGGGCUGCCGCCCGUUCACCCCUCAGGGUGACGAGUCUCUCGGCGCACAGCCUCCUGCUGGCUGUGGCGCAGCUUGUCCGUGUCUGUAAGGCCUGCAGCUUCAGUUUCCCAUCCGUGGCUGGAGGAAUUUUUUUCCCAGGUGCAUCCCUCAGUUAACUCUCCUAGAAGGCCGUGAGUCUCAGAGGGAAUCGACCCCCUGCCCUCCAAGGCACUGGAGCUGCAUGUGGGUGGGAGAGAGCCGGGCGGUGGGCGUUGUAGAGAGCUGGGGAGCUCUGUGCUCCGGCUGGGUCCCGUGCGGCUUAGUUUUCACACGAGUCUUACGCCUUCACACUGGAGUCUGAAGCGCAGAGGCCUGCGGUUUUAUUCUGUGGUGUGCUGUCUUCUGCAGUUAGAGGGGAGGAAGUGCAGGUGCAGCACGCGCUCUUGCUGCGGAAGCCAGGGGAGUGUGGGACUCUUACCAGCAGUGCUAACCUGAAUGUGACCUGGUCCCCUUGCAAAUGCAGGAACUCACAUGAAUGUACUGUACAAUAAAGUGCGGGCUGAUUCCCCGGAUCCUGA